GCACCGUCCCCCCGCCGUCCGGCCCCGCACAAAAUCCGCUGCCCGCCGGCCGCCCCGGCCCCUCCGACCCGCGACAUGGAGGCGCAGGGCUGCCCGGCCUUCCCCCCGGGACCCCCCCGGCCCCCGCCGCUCGGCCCCCGCCUGGCCCGCUGCCCCCCGGAGCAGGCAGAGCCCCGGGGCCUGGGGGCCGCCGGCCCGGGCCCCCCCGCCGUGGCCGUCAAUGGGAAGCCCUUCUACCCCGCCGGGGCUGCAGGGAGCGAGAGGGGCUGCAAAGCCGGGUGCCACCCCGCGCCCAGGGCCUGCCGCGGCCCGUGGAAAGCCCCCGCGGCGCUCGGGCUCGCCGAGCCCCCGGCGCCGGGGAAGAGCAAGGCCAAGAAGCGGAGGAACAGGACGACCUUCAGCACCUUCCAGCUGCAGGAGCUGGAGAAGGUCUUCCAGAAGACGCAUUACCCGGACAUCUACGCCCGGGAGCAGCUGGCGCUGAGGACGGACCUGACCGAAGCGAGGGUGCAGGUCUGGUUCCAGAACCGCCGGGCCAAGUGGCGGAAACGGGAGCGUUACGGCAAAGCCCAGGAGCUGCAGAAUAACCUGUGGCCAAGCACCGGCAGCCCGGCCGGUCCCUGCCGCGCGGCCCCCGAGAGCAUCCCGGCCCCCCGCCUGUCUCCGUACCCCCACGCUCGCAGCAACGGCGGCGGCUUCGCGGGCGUCCCCGGCUCACCGGGCCGCCACGCCGGCGGUGACAGCCUCUACGCGUGGCCCGGCCUCCCCCCGGGCCCCCCCCGCUUCCCAGCGGUGCCAGCAAACACCGGCAAGGCGCCCGCGCUGGUGCCGCUGCGGGGGAAAGCCAAGGAGGGGGGUGGGCUGCCCGGCUGGACGACGUGAGCCCCCCCGGGCAGGGGCCGAGACUGGGCCACCCGGGUGCCCCCCGAAUUCGUCCUCCUCCAGCACCUCUUUGCCACCCUCCUGCUGGGGCGCAAGAGCUGGGAAAGGGGGAGCCGGGCAGCUUGGGACCCCAACACCAGCCCCCAAAAGGAGUUUGGGCUCGAUGUAGAGCCCCAACCAGAGCAGGGAAACCGCCUGCGGGUGGGGGUGCCGGUCCCCCCGGGCAGGACGAAGGACGGGGACGAGCCACCACCGGCCAAACCCCUCCGCGAGCCUCGCUCAGCCCUUGAAGCUUCGCCCCCAAUUCUUCUCCUCGCCGAAACAAGGGGCACAACGCAGCCCGGGAGCUUCUCUCCCUCCCCGCCGCAGCUCGCCAUGUAACCACCAGCGCUUUCGCAAGCCGUAGAGACGCCAGAAAAGCCAGAGGAAGGAGCAAUAAGCCAAUACUGGGGAGGCUGCUGGGAUAAAGACGCUAAAUCCAAACCUGGUGCCUCGUGGGGUCGGCUUUAGCCGCCCCGUGCCCGUUUCCCUCCGUGCAAACGAGGCAGGAAGAUGCUUUAAUCCAAACUGGUGCAUGGAAAAAUACAGCAGCGGUUUGGGCUGCCCCGCACCUGCAGGGAUUUUUGUUAUUCAUUUAUAAACAAUAAAACACAUUUUUAGUAAGUUA